UAAGAGAUACAUAGGCUCUGCAUUCUCUCCGCAGGAGACCACAAAGGGAAACAAAUUUUCGAAAUUCAAAAUUUGAAAAGUUGCAGAGCUUGGAGGGAGAGAGAUGGCAACGACAUCAAAGAGCCUCGCGGGUUUAUACAAACAGAAGAAGAAAACAACUGGAGCCAUCGCCAAAUCGAAAUCUUCUUCAAAGGCUUCUACCAAGAAAAAGUCGCCGAUUCACGCGGCAGCUAUUGGUUCCAAUGUCGCCCAACCCGUGGCUUUGAUUUCUCACGGUUCCCUCGAUCUCAAAGAUGAGUAUGAUGAGCACGAGGAAGUCCUGAGGCAAUUCGACUUGAACAUGGCUUAUGGUCCUUGUCUUGGAAUGAGCAGAUUGGCUCGGUGGGAGCGUGCUCAUCGCUUAGGCUUAAACCCUCCAAAAGAAAUUGAGAGUCUCUUGAAAGUUGGCAAGGCUGAGCAAGAAUGUCUCUGGGAUGGCCGCAUUUAGUAUCUGCUCUAUUUCUGUGAAUAUCUAGAAAGAAUGUAGCUUUUAUGAUGAAUUAUGGUUGUAGAUUAGUUCAGUCUCUGGCUGUUCUUCUUAGAUGAAUGUUAACUCGAGAGGUUGAUGACUGAGUAUCUACAAAAGAAUGUAUCUUUUUAUGAUGAAUUAUGGGUGUAGAUUAGUUCAGUCUCUGGCUGUUCUUUUUAGCUGAAUGUUAACUCGAGAGUUUGAUGACUGAUCUUAAUGGAAAUGUUCUGCUUAUUUUAA